AUGGGUUGCUGCAAGAGCAACCCUUGCUCGAGCGGAUGUCCGACGCAAGACUUGACUGCUGCAAGUCUAAGCACCGAUGAAGCCGUGGCUUCAGCUUUCAUAACGACUUCUGCUACCGCCGCUGCUACCUCUACGGCAGCGGCGACAACUACGCCCUCAGCUGCUUCCUCAUCUUCUGGAGACAAUAUUGGUGCGAUAGCUGGUGGAGUAGUCGGAGGUAUAGCUGGUAUCGCUCUUGUCUUAAUCGGCAUUCUGUGGUGUUUGAAGCGCAAACGGCGGGCGCGUAAGAUCGAACAACCACCCAAGGAGGGACCUUACAUCAACGAAGAUGGAUAUUUCUAUUCGGAUCCCAAUGUAUGGCGGGGAGUAGGGUCUCCGUCUAUGCCCUCCCCGGUUGAAGAAGAAGACACUCAACAAAGGACCAUCUACUCCCCAGAACAUGCAGAAGGGAUUGAGGUCGAUGAUCGCCCCCAACAGCCCGCUCCUGAGAGACCAGACACGGCCGAACAACACCUGACAUCUACCACUCAGGCAUUCAACGUUAGCCCGAGCGGCAGUCGACCAGCCAGCGUCAGCAAUCCACCAAGCGUAGGCAAUGCGCCUAGCAUCAACAAUCCCCCCAGCAUCGGUCACUCAUGGUUCACCCGCGACUCCAUUUUCGCAAACGGCUCUCCUCAGCUCGCAAGCAUUCCAUCACCAGACGAACAACGUCGCGUCUCUUGGUUCGAGCAGUCACGCCCAUACAACAAUAACAGCCCCAUCGUCACACCCGUCCACUCACCCAUCCACAAUCAACCCGACUACUUCGGCCACUACGAGAACCACCAACGUCCUAUCUCGCACAUACCGCAAGAUCCCAUAUCGCCGCAGAAUCAGUAUUUCGAGCUCGACGAUACGCAAUUGAGUCCGCCUGUUGAGCUUGAAGCUAUCGAGGCGGCUCCGAAAAAGCAAGGGAUUGAGGAUACAAUGCAAGCACCGGCUGAACAGCUGGGGCAGAGAAGAGGAAGACAUGAUAUCGAGGAGGGCAAGACUGAGUCUGCGUACUUCUCACCUGACGAUGUUGGAAAGCCCCAGAGCAGAGGCUGAGCCAUCGGCUCAACUUGGCAUUGUCCACAAGAGCUACUAGUCGAGACGGCUGGGUCGUUCUUACCAAUCGCACAAAAACGAUUGGAACGCAGGUUCGACCGACGUACCUGCUGCAUGCUCUCUACCUUCUCUCGAUCGCUC